AACUCUUAUAUUCUUUUUUUUUUUUUGUUCUGGCUUAAUCUGGAUAAACCCUAGUUCUUCUUUCUCUCGCGCUCUACUUUCCCACGAUCACCCGCAGACGAUUUCCGAUUACCGUUCUUUCUUUUUUGUUGGAGAAAGCUUCGUUGAGUAUCGAUAAUGGCGGAUCUAGAUCCAGAGAUCGCUAAAACUCAAGAGGAAAGACGGAAGAUGGAAGCAGACCUUGCUUCUCUCACUUCUAUCAAUAUGGAUCGCGAUCUUUACGGAGGUAACGACCGUGAUUCCUACGUGACUUCUAUUGCUCCUAACGAUGAGGAGGAUACGAAUCUGGACACCACUGGUUCUCUUGUUGCUCAGCGGCUCGCGUCUUACACUGCUCCUAGGUCGCUUCUUAACGACGUGGCUCGUCCUCACAACGAAGAUGACGAUGUGGGAUUUAAACCUAGGCAGACUAUUGCGGAACGUGAGGGUGAGUAUAGGAAUAGGAGACUCAAUCGGGUUCUUUCUCCGGAUAGAGUUGAUGCCUUUGCUAUGGGCGACAAGACCCCGGAUGCGAGUGUUCGGACUUACACGGACCAUAUGAGGGAGACGGCUCUGCAGAGGGAGAAAGAGGAAACUAUGAGGCUCAUUGCUAAGAAGAAGAAAGAGGAAGAAGAAGCUGCAAAGCAUCAGAAGGAUUCUGCUCCUCCUCCUCCUGUUCCUUCUUCUUCCAAGAGGAGACACAGGUGGGAUCUCCCUGAAGAAGACGGUGGUGCUGCAAAGAAAGCUAAAGCAGCAAGUUCAGAUUGGGAUUUACCUGAUGCAGCUCCAGGGAUUGGACGAUGGGAUGCUCCAACUCCAGGGAGAGUUUCUGAUGCCACCCCUUCUGCUGGACGAAGAAACAGGUGGGACGAAACUCCUACACCUGGUCGUGUGACUGAUUCUGAUGCAACACCUGGUGGUGUUACUCCCGGUGCAACUCCUUCAGGUGUUACUUGGGACGGGACGCCAAGAGGGCUUGCCACCCCUACCCCAAAGCGUCAACGUUCAAGGUGGGACGAAACACCAGCCACUAUGGGGAGUGCUACACCUAUGGGUGGAGUCACUCCUGGUGCAGCUUACACUCCUGGUGUUACCCCUAUUGGUGGGAUUGAUAUGGCUACUCCGACUCCGGGUCAGCUUAUUUUCCGUGGUGCUAUGACCCCCGAGCAGCUCAAUAUGCAAAGGUGGGAGAAGGAUAUCGAGGAGAGAAACAGACCAUUGAGUGAUGAAGAGCUUGAUGCCAUGUUUCCUAAAGAUGGAUACAAGGUUUUGGAUCCGCCUGCUUCAUAUGUUCCCAUCAGAACCCCUGCGAGGAAACUUCAACAAACCCCGACACCCAUGGCAACUCCUGGCUAUGUUAUUCCCGAGGAAAACCGUGGGCAACAGUAUGAUGUGCCCCCAGAAGUUCCUGGUGGUUUGCCGUUUAUGAAACCAGAGGAUUAUCAGUAUUUUGGAGCUCUGUUGAAUGAAGAGAACGAAGAAGAGCUGUCUCCUGACGAGCAGAAAGAACGCAAGAUCAUGAAACUAUUGUUAAAGGUUAAAAAUGGAACUCCUGCCCAGAGGAAAACAGCCCUGAGGCAGCUUACUGAUAAGGCUCGUGAGCUUGGUGCUGGUCCUUUGUUCAAUAAAAUUUUGCCAUUGCUCAUGCAACCCACUUUGGAAGAUCAAGAGAGGCAUCUUUUGGUCAAAGUGAUUGAUAGGAUUCUGUACAAACUUGAUGAGCUGGUAAGGCCUUACGUCCACAAAAUCCUUGUUGUUAUUGAGCCUUUGUUGAUUGAUGAGGAUUAUUAUGCUCGUGUAGAAGGGAGAGAAAUUAUUUCUAACCUUAGCAAAGCAGCUGGUUUGGCCACUAUGAUUGCAGCUAUGCGUCCUGAUAUUGACAACAUUGAUGAAUAUGUGAGGAACACAACAGCGAGAGCUUUCAGUGUGGUGGCUUCAGCUCUUGGAAUCCCUGCACUCUUACCUUUCCUAAAAGCUGUGUGCCAGAGUAAAAAGUCAUGGCAGGCACGGCACACUGGAAUUAAGAUUGUUCAGCAGAUUGCGAUACUAAUUGGUUGUGCCGUCCUGCCUCACUUAAGGUCUUUAGUAGAGAUUAUCGAACAUGGUCUCAGUGAUGAAAACCAGAAGGUUAGGACUAUUACCGCUUUGUCACUGGCUGCUCUUGCUGAAGCUGCUGCUCCAUAUGGUAUUGAGAGCUUUGAUUCUGUUCUGAAGCCUUUGUGGAAAGGUAUUAGGUCGCACCGUGGUAAAGUUUUAGCUGCUUUCUUGAAGGCGAUCGGUUUUAUCAUCCCCUUGAUGGAUGCUAUAUAUGCGAGCUACUAUACAAAAGAAGUCAUGGUUAUCUUGAUUCGUGAGUUCCAGUCGCCUGAUGAAGAGAUGAAGAAGAUCGUCCUCAAGGUGGUGAAACAGUGUGUAAGUACAGAGGGUGUUGAACCGGAAUACAUACGCAGUGAUAUUCUGCCUGAGUUUUUCAAGCAUUUCUGGGUUAGGAAAAUGGCUCUGGAGAGGAGAAACUAUAAGCAGCUUGUUGAAACUACUGUGGAGAUUGCGAACAAGGUUGGUGUUGCAGAUAUUGUGGGAAGAGUUGUUGAAGAUCUCAAGGAUGAGAGUGAACCGUAUCGACGUAUGGUUAUGGAAACCAUUGAUAAGGUUGUCACAAACUUGGGAGCAUCUGAUAUUGAUGCGAGAUUGGAGGAACUGCUCAUAGAUGGCAUUCUUUAUGCUUUUCAAGAACAGACUAGUGACGAUGCUAAUGUAAUGCUUAAUGGAUUCGGUGCUGUAGUGAAUGCUCUUGGUCAGAGAGUAAAGCCUUAUCUUCCCCAGAUCUGUGGUACCAUCAAGUGGCGUUUGAAUAACAAGAGUGCUAAGGUAAGACAACAAGCUGCUGAUCUGAUUUCUAGAAUUGCGGUUGUUAUGAAGCAAUGCGGAGAGGAACAGUUGAUGGGACAUCUUGGUGUUGUUUUGUAUGAAUAUCUUGGAGAAGAGUACCCAGAAGUCUUGGGAUCAAUUCUUGGAGCUUUAAAAGCUAUAGUCAAUGUGAUUGGUAUGACGAAGAUGACUCCUCCUAUUAAGGAUCUGCUUCCAAGGCUGACCCCUAUUUUGAAGAACAGGCACGAGAAAGUGCAAGAGAAUUGCAUUGAUCUUGUCGGUAGGAUUGCUGAUCGUGGUGCCGAGUUUGUUCCAGCAAGAGAAUGGAUGAGAAUCUGUUUUGAGCUUCUUGAAAUGCUUAAGGCUCAUAAGAAAGGUAUUCGUCGUGCUACAGUCAACACUUUCGGGUACAUCGCCAAAGCCAUUGGACCACAGGAUGUUCUUGCCACGUUGCUGAACAAUCUCAAAGUCCAAGAACGUCAGAACCGUGUUUGCACCACAGUCGCAAUCGCUAUUGUCGCUGAAACAUGCUCUCCCUUCACCGUAUUACCUGCUUUGAUGAAUGAGUACCGUGUUCCAGAGCUAAACGUCCAAAACGGUGUUUUGAAAUCUCUUUCCUUCCUCUUUGAGUACAUUGGAGAAAUGGGCAAAGAUUACAUAUACGCAGUCACACCGUUGCUUGAAGACGCGCUCAUGGACAGAGAUUUGGUUCACAGACAAACCGCAGCUUCAGCCGUGAAACAUAUGGCUCUAGGUGUAGCUGGGUUGGGAUGCGAAGACGCUUUGGUUCACUUGCUUAACUUCAUUUGGCCCAACAUUUUCGAGACAUCUCCUCACGUCAUUAACGCGGUGAUGGAAGCCAUUGAAGGAAUGCGAGUCGCAUUAGGUGCAGCUGUAAUUCUGAACUAUUGUUUGCAGGGUUUGUUUCAUCCGGCGCGCAAGGUCCGCGAAGUGUACUGGAAGAUAUACAAUUCUCUAUACAUUGGUGCUCAGGACACGCUUGUUGCUGCUUACCCGGUUCUUGAAGAUGAGCAGAACAAUGUGUAUAGCCGACCAGAGUUGACGAUGUUUGUGUGAAAGAAAGAUUGGAUUCGAUGUGACUCUAUUACUCUCUAGUCUCCUGUGAUGUGACUCUAUUACUCUCUAGUCUCCUGUAGUUUUUGGUAUUGGCUUUAUUGCAAAGGUUUGCUUUGUAUAAAACUCUCGAACACGGAAGCGGUUCUUUUCUUUUUCUGGAAAUUACAAAACGUGUGCACUUUUUGGUA